GUGGGUGGGCGGGAGGGAGAAAAGGUGAUUUCCUGACCGACAGCACCUCAGUGUCUAGGGUUGUUCCUGGACCCCCACCCUUGUGUCAGGUGCUGCCAGGCUGCAUGUACUGUGGUGGCCAGACGCUGCCAGCGGAGGCCUUGGUUGGACAGGAGGGAGCUACAACAUCCAGGGGACGACAUGCCAACUGCCAAGCAACUAGCUGACAUUGGCUACAAGACUUCCUCUACCUCCAUGAUGCUCCUUACUGUGUAUGGGGGCUCCCUCUGCAGUGUCCGAGCCUCCCACUUUUUCCAGGGGCGCAGCUCCCGGCUCCAGGCUGCAGAAGAACAGGAGACCACAGGAGUCCUGUAGAACGAGGGGGCUCUUCUCCAUGACCAGAGAGGCCUGAGGCAUGCUGUGGGAAGAGCUCACCUACAAUCAUCCAAAUCAAGAGAACCAGGGCCUUCAUGGUUUUCAAGCCCUGCUGGGGAUAAGUGCUGUUUUCUUGGGAACUGCCAGUUUGGGAGGCUACCAGAUCGUAACAGGAGCUGGGGGACGGGGAGGCACAUGCACAGACAUUCAACGUUUUGUCAU